AUGGCUGCAGUCCCUGCAUUUCGAGUCGCCGCAUCCUUUCGGCCACUAUCUACAGCUGCCGCGCCGUCUACUUUGUCGUCCGGAAAGUCCGCGUCUUUCGGCUGCGCCUCGUCGCUCUGCCCAUGCACCCCGUCAGCAGCUUUCCGCGCCACCAAGGGAAGGCAGACCGUCGUGACUCCGCGUGCUGACUUGGACAACGAUACGCUUGUGGGGAUCGGCGUGGGUUUGGCGGGUAUCGCGGUGGGCAUCGGCAUUCCCGUCUUCUACGAGAUUGCCGUCAAGGGAUCGGAGAAGCGGGAGAACGACCAACCAUGCUUCCCCUGCAAAGGCACUGGCGCUCAGUCGUGCCGGUUCUGCCAGGGCACGGGGGUGGUGGUGGUGGAGCUGGGCGGGGGCGAGAGGGAGGAGUCGGAGUGCAUCAACUGCACCGGCAAGGGCGCCAUCACCUGCACCACCUGCCAGGGCACCGGAGUGCAGCCCAGAUACCUCGACCGCAGAAUAAUCUUCAUGGUCCCUGUGUAUGCUGCCAUGUCGUAUGGUGCUUUGGUGGCCAGUGACUACGCCAUGUACUUCAAGACUGUCCGAGACGUGUACGAAGCAUGGGUCAUCUAUAACUUCCUGUCUCUCUGCCUGGCGUGGGUGGGAGGGCCAGGCGCAGUGGCCAUGAGCCUCACAGGGCGCGUUCUCAAGCCCUCAACGCUUCUCCUCACGUGCUGGCUCCCACCCAUACCGCUGGAUGGGAACUUCAUCCGUCACUGCAAGCGCGGCUGCCUGCAGUUUGUCUUCAUCAAGCCACUCCUCGCCGGGCUCUGCCUCGCCCUCUACGCCACUGGCCUCUACGAGGAGGGCGUGUUCGCUGCCAGCAACGGGUACCCCUACGUGACAUGCGUGUACAUGGUGUCAUACUCCCUCGCGGUCUACGCGCUGCUCUUCUUCUACUUCGGCUGCCACGACCUGCUGCGCUCCUUCAACCCCAUCCCCAAGUUCAUCAUGAUCAAGCUUGUUGUCGUCCUCACCUACUGGCAGGGCAUAGUGGUGUUCGUAGCGGGCCAUCUGGGUCUGGUGCGCUCCUCCACCGACGCAGCAGACCUGCAGUCUCUGCUGCUGUGCUGUGAGAUGGCCCUCGCUGCAGUGGGCUUUGCGUGGGCCUUCCCCGUGACGCCCUUUGCUGCUGCCAGCGUGGGGGGCGGUGGGGGGCGGAUAGUAGAGGAGGUGGGGGGCUUCUUUCAGAGGCUCAGGCAUGCGGCAGCUGUGGGGGAUGUGGUGGACGACACUGUUCACCAGUUCUCCCCGACCUACCAUGACUACGUGCUCUACAGCGAUGGCUCCACACAGGCCAAGCACUUCCGCACUCGCACGUUCGUGCCCAUGGGCCGGGAGAUGGAGGCAUACCGCAAGGACGGCAAGAUCAACUCCAUCCAGUCGCCCGACUACAUUCUCGCCCCCCCUCCUCCUCUUCAUCCCUUCCCCUGCAAGCCCUGCGCCACCACCACCACCGCCCCCGAUACCACCACCGGCUCCACCACCACCAUGAGCAGCAGCGCAUCUGGCCUGGCAUCUGACACUGCCAUACGCACCCUGGCGGCUGACUCGUUAGGAACUGCUUCAGGAGACCCGUUUAGAGAAGUUACUAACAGUGUUGGAACCAGUGGUGCAAGAGCCGCAGCAGCAACUGUAACAGCCCCUGCCAGCACCAUGGUUACUGAGUUACCACCUGGCACAGCACUGCUAGACUUCCUGUCUGGGAGUGGGACCAAAAGCAUGGUGACAUGCCAGGAAGAAGCACCGCCGGGCUUGCUUUACAGGGCCAGCAUCCCCUGUGGCAGCGACCAGAUCACUACCCUCUUCACCUCUCCCAGUGACAUCCCUGGAAGCACACAGACCAAAAGUGGCAGCAGUUACAGCAGCACACAGACUAACCAUGGCAGCAGCUACAGCAGCAGCUAUGGGGACAUGCAGGGUGUGAUUCGUGCGAAGGGGUUGUGUGGUGAGAGCAGCAGGGAGGGAGGGAGGAGGGCAGGGCUGUUUGAACGGCUGACUGAUGAGAACGAGUAUGAUAGCGCUGCUCAUGGUGGUGGCGGUGGCGGUGGCGGUGCGGGUGUGAGUGGUGUGAGCAGGAGGGCUAGUAGUAGGAGUGGGAAGAACGAGACGGAGUGGAGAGAGAGUAGGAGUGGGAGUAGGAGUGAGGGUAGGAGUGGGAGUGUGCACAGGCAUUCGAGUGUGAGCAGCAGGAGCAGUGAGGGAGGCAGUGAGAGAGCAGCCUUGUACGGCCAUCACCGCGACUCAACCCAGGGCGGCGGGAUCGGAGGCAAGGGGAGGAGAGCGGAGACGGGUAGCGAGGGAGGGGAGGCGAGGGAGAAGGAAAACGAUAAGGAGAAGGAGAAGGGGAGGAGGGCGGGGCUGUGGAGUGCGCGGGGGUUAGUGAAGGUAUUAACACGGGGAUCCAUGGAUUUGGGGCUGGUGGUGGACGAGGAGGACCUCAUGGAGGAAGGGGAUGCAAGGCGCGAGCUGGAAGGUGUGGUGCAGCGGUGA